AUGUCGCAACCAAUCCUCGUGCAGGCCAACCUAACUGGUAAGGCAAAACUUGAGGCAGUCACUAGUUUGAUAAGCAAACUUGGCGAUGACCUGAAGAGCCAUGCCCUCCUUCCGCAGCAGCGAGAUGCUGCCCUGGAAGAACUUAAGAUAUAUGGAAGGGAUCCGAGAGAUGCCGGUCCUAUCUUUACACCAGAGGGAAUUGAAAUUCUCACGAAACAUGCUUUCGACAGCCAAUCAAACUCUACAGCAAGGGCUGCCUUACGAGUUCUGGCCAACGCUAUGCUACUGGAGCCCAAGACCCGUCAAAUGUUCGUGAACCUUGGCUACGAAGAGAUUGCCUGUAAAAAGUUGAAGAACGACAGCUUCGACGAUGAGUUCCUCGUUUCGCGGGUAAUCUUCCUCACGACUUACAAUACAAAUAUCGAUCUUGAUGCCCUUAUCCAGAAGCAUGGCUUGGCAGACACUAUCGCCGAGAACCUGGCGAGGCAUGUUAGGAUGUUUGAGAAUGAUCAAAGUAAAACCCCUGUCGACCCAAUGGAAGAUAUGGCCUUGAACGAGACGCUGCGUCUCCUCUUCAAUCUGUCUCAUUUCUGCCCGUCUAAGACAUCGGCCUUCACUACCAGUGUACCCUACAUCAUCACUUUGCUGUGGAAGCAAGACAUAUCUGCUAACAAGCCGCUCGAUCCUCCGUUCAAUUCACUUAUCAACGCACUGUUAAACUUGGAGUUGGAGAGUAAAGAGAUUCAGUCAUCAAUAUACCCAGAUGCAGAGCCUAAAAAGGUUGCCGAGAGGUUGAUCGAGUUACUGGAUCUGUCGUUGAAGGCAUAUCCAGAUAACGAACUGGAACAACUAACGACGCCGCUCGUCGGUGUCUUACGAAGAGCGCAUGACGGCGCCCCCGAGGGUGUGAAGAAUUACAUUCGCAUGACUCUUCUUCCCAAUGAAGAUGACAGGAAGGAGGUUCUGGGUCGCGGGACAUCGCUCACUUCUAGGCUGCUGCGCAACUCUACAAACCCUUUGACACCUCAACUUCGAGAUGCUAUAUCACACCUGCUUUUCGACAUGUCAGAUAGAGACGCCUCUAAAUUCGUUGAAAAUGUCGGCUAUGGAUUCGCAUCCGGAUUCCUGUUUCAAAACAAUAUUCCUAUUCCUUCGAACGCCACCGAAACGUCCAGUGCAGGAGACAAUCAGCGGCCAGUCAACCCCAUAACUGGUCAGUUUGUAGACAGAGAGAAGCAAGUUGACAUGCCCGAAAUGACAGAAGAAGAAAAGGAGAGGGAAGCCGAGAGACUAUUCGUCUUGUUCGAGAGGCUGAAAAAGACGGGAAUCGUGGACAUACAGAAUCCUGUUGAACAAGCAGUGAGGUCAGGACGAUUUGACGAGCUGGGAGAUAACAGAGUGGAAGAGCUGGACUAG